AUGGUAUAUGCAAAUUGUAGUGAAACUCAGUGUAAUUCUUUGAGAUCGCAAGAUGUGGAAGGAUCAAGCUCAUACAGGGACAUGAUUAUUGAUGCAAUUGGUCCUAACUUUGAUCCAUAUUAUGAUGCAAGUGAAGAGGAAAUGCCAAACCUUACAACUCAAAAAUUGUAUGACAUGCUUGAUACAGCAGAAGAACCUUUAUGGCCUGGAUGUGAAGCGCACACUCAAUUAUCUGCCGUUGCAAGAUUAUUAACAAUAAAAUCUGAGUUUCAAAUGUCAGAGAGGUGUUAUGAUGCUAUAUUGCAAUUUAUAAAAGAGGCAUUACCAACUAAUAAUAAGUUCGUUGAUAACUUCUAUAACACAAAGAAGUUUGUUGCUGGCUUGGGUCUUCCAUGCGAGAAAAUCCAUUGUUGCAUAAAUGGAUGUAUGUUAUAUUGGUGUGAGGAUAGUGGCAGAAGAAGUUGCAAGGUUUGUGAUCAUCCUCAAUAUAAAAGCGGGAAGAGAGGCAUAAGGAAUCAUAAAGAUUAUUCACCGAAUCAAAAGAUGUAUUAUAUUCCUCUGAUACCUAGGUUACAAAGAUUGUAUGCUUCAAAGGUGAUGGUGAAGGAUAUGAGGUGGCACAAAGAGCAUGAUAAAAAAGAUGGCGUGAUUUGCCAUCCUUCUGAGGCUGAAGCAUGGAAGCAAUUUGAUCUCAUACAUCCUCUUUUCGCAUCAGAGACUCGAAAUGUAAGACUUGGGUUGUCCACAGAUGGGUUUCAACCAUUUGGACAAUCAGGCAAGCAAUAUUCUUGUUGGCCUGUUAUUAUCACACCAUACAAUUUGCCGUCGUGGAUGUGUAUGAAGGACCCUUUUAUGUUUUUAACUAUUAUUGUACCUGGCCCCAAAAACCCAAAGCAAAAGUUAGAUGUGUACUUGCAACCAUUAAUAGCAAAGUUAAAACAUUUGUGGAAUGCUGGAGUACAGACAUAUGAUGUGUUCAAGAAACAAAGUUUUCAGAUGAGAGCUUCACUCAUGUGGACAACUAGUGACAUCCCAGCUUUUACAAUGCUAUCAGGAUGGAGUACAGAAAGCAAAAAAACUUGCCCAUAUUGUAUGGGUAAAUCAAAGUCGUUUAGCCUUGUUAAUGGUGGUAAAAAUUCGUGGUUUGAUUAUCAUCGGAAAUUCCUACCUACACAUCAUCCUUUAAGAAGAAACAUAAACGAUUUCCUAAAGAACAAGAUUGAAGAGUCACCACCUCCAUCUAUUUUUUCUUGGCAUCAAAUUUUGAAACAAAUCGAAGACUUAAAGUUGAAGAAAAUAACAGAAGUUGGUGCUGAACAGUGGAAUGCUCCUAUUUGUAAGUCAAGUGGAUGGCACAAGCGUAGCAUAUUUUGGGAUUUGCCUUAUUGGAGUACUAAUCUCAUCCGCCAUAAUCUUGAUGUCAUGCAUAUUGGAAAAAAUGUUUUUGAAAAUGUGUUUGACACGGUGAUGGAUGUGGAAGGCAAAACCAAAGAUAAUGCAAAAGCAAGAGAGGAUGUGAAAAUAUAUUGCAAGCAUAAAGAAUUGGAGAAAAAUGAAGCGACUGGGAAAUAUCCAAAAGCUUGUAAUAGCUUAAGUAAGGAAGAAAAAAAAGUUGUUUGUGAAUGGGUAAGUCAACUUCGGUUUCCGGAUGGGUAUGUUUCAAAUAUGGCAAGGUGUGUUGAUAUGUGCAAGUAUAAAAUGUAUGGAAUGAAAAGCCAUGAUUGA